AGAAAUUCCUUAAUUAUCCAAUGCAAUGAACUACACCAUAAGAAAUUAUUACUUUAACUGUUUAUGUUCCGUACAAAUACUUCGAACACUGGUAUGAUUUUACCCAUGAUAUGAACAUGUGGUUUUGUAAAUAUUUUAUUAUAUAAAUUAUCAUUUAUGACUAAUUUUGUUGUCUACGAUAGCUGCUGAACAGCAGACUGAAAGUGUGCAAAAUGAUUAUAACAGGGAACUAAACACCAAUGAAGCACUGAGAGAGUACAUCGACAGAAUGGGUAUUCCAGUUGAUUUUAAAAACAGUGGAAAAGCUAUACCAGAGUUGGGGGAGGAAAGAACAGAAUAGCAAACUAAAGGAACUGAAAACUCAAGUUGAAAGAAGGUUUGUGGUUCGCUGAGACAUAUGGAGUCACAUUAGAGCCUCAAAAAUUAUCCGACAAUAAUGAUACUGAUUAUGACUUACAAUUUAAUGGACAUGAACCGAGAAGUUUCAAAGAUUUGCCAGAAGCUGAACAAAAAAAAAGCAAAGCAGUACUUUGAUUCAGGAUAAAUUCUGCAUUGGUGAAGCAGCUUACCAUGAGCUAACCAUGAUUCAAAGCGGAGAGUCAUUACCUCGGUCUUAUCUGGUUACGCAGUGUAAGGAUUCCUUAAAUCAGCUCUGUCACAUUGAGCGCACACCGGGAUAUAAUGAAGGUGCCCAGGUGAACUUUUAUGAUGCAUUCAGGAAUGAAAUCCAAAAGCAUGUAAGUUCACAUUUGUUGUGCAUUUCAUACAAUCUUGAAAUGUAAUUAUGAUGAAAUUGAUUAUCUGGCAUAUUCUUAAUUGUAUAUUAUUAGAUAAGAAUGUGCACACUUAAUGGUCACAGUCCUACAAAAUAUAGUGUUUAGUUAAGUCGUGAUGGUGCUAAAAUGUCCAUGAUUAAUGACUAGGGGCCGGUUGGUUAAAUGUGAAUGGUUUAGAGCAAGAAUCAAUCUGUAUACGACACGUCGACUCUGACUUAUACAUACACAUGAAGACUUUGUUGGUCUGAUGAAGUUUCGGGCACUACCGGUGAUGUUCUGGAUAGCAUGAUAUUUGAUGUGCUGAGUCGGUUUGGGUUGUGCAUAAGUAACUUACGUGCGCAAACAUAUGACGGGACAGCUAACAUGAGCGGUUGUUACUCGGGGUGCCGAGCAAGGGUAAGAGAACGACAACCGCUAGCACUGUAUUUCCAUUGCGGGUCGCAUGCUUCGAAUCUUGUCAUGCAAAAUGCGGUGACAUCCAAAUAAGAAUGUGUUGGACAUGUCCAAAAACGACUUGGGACAGCAUUACGAAACUUGAAAAAGGGAAAAGAAAGGAUUGGGUAGAAAGAGAAAGUUGACUGAUAACACGAUUGACAAAAUGCUAAACUAUUAUGGCAUUGCUAUUAGGAGCAACAAAGGCAACCUCCAAACAAUGAAGAACAAUGUACCUGCCUUAUUUCGCCUGCACAAGAACAAGGAAAAAGAAGGGGAAACAUUAAUUAAGCUCAUUACUUAUCAAGUUAUGAUGUGAACUAAAAAAAUCCCAUGCAUGAAAAAAUCAUCUCUGUGUAAAUUCCUAUUGUUUACUUUCAGUUAUGCCGUUUUCUUAGUAUUUUCAUUAAGACCCGUUUACACUAUACCGGAUUGCUUCCGGAGGGGUUCAAAUUUUGUAGCUGUUAAAAGGCAGUGAAAAAUUUUACUGUCAUAGAUCGAAACAAAUAUACCAAAACUAUCAAAAUAAUAAGUAUUUAUUUCUAACCAUUGCCCUUUAAAGCCAAACGAAGAUAUCGUGACAAGUGAAUCCGGUACAGUGUAAACGGGGCCUUCAUGUGGAAAAAUAGGUGGCAUACGCCUUUAGAUCAUACUUUGUUUUGGUUCACAUCAUAUUGUAAUCAUUUUUGGCGUGCCACCUGAUAUUGCGCAAUAAAAUGGGCGUGGCAAGGUAACCAUGGACACAACGUGUGUGCAAGUGAAUGAUUCAGUGGCAGGAACUUAUCUUUUACAAUUUAAAACCCAAAUAUAGCAUAAUGCUCUAAAUGAAAAAAAAAACUCAAGCGUAUAAGACCACUUUAAGGCGGGGGUCAACAUAAGCACAAACUUGUUCACUUGAACUAUAUGAGUAUGUUUCCACAGGAAGUGGCAAAUUCAGCAAUGGAGAUAUUUUGGAUGUGGCUGUGAGUUUUGAUGGAACCUGGGCAAAAAGAGGUUUCACAUCAUUAACAGGAAUUGUGUUUGUCAUAUCAGUAAACACAGAAAAAGCGUUAGACUAUCAUGUGUUGUCAAAGGUGUGCCAGAAGUGCUCUCUUAAGCGGUCAGUUUGUAAAGAUGAUGAAUUUGAAGAGUGUGAGUGGGAGUGUGAUAUAAAUUAUGAGGGAAGCUCACCUGCAAUGGAAUGUGAUGAUGCAGUCACACUUCGGAAAAGAUCCAUACAGAAACACAGAAGUGGAUGGUCAGCGAUGGCGAUAGCAAAGCAUUCACAUCCGUAGAAGAUGUUUAUACAGAUUGCAAGGUUGAGAAAAUGGACUGUGUUGGACAUGUUCAGAAAAGAAUAGGAAAACAUCUUCUCAACCUUAAAGCCACAAAUAAAAAUAAAGUUGCAGAUGGAAAGACCAUUGGUGGGAAAGGUCGUCUAACCAAUAUAUAGUUUGCCAUGGUUUUUAGGAAAAGUGACUGUUUUAUAGCGAUUUGAACAACAGGAAAAAUUUUGGGUGGACCCCCGUCUUAAAUCGGAACAAAGAGUGAGAAUAUUAUAAUGGCACCGAAGAAUUCACUACAACCAUUGCCAGAAUACAAUCCCGACGCCGAUGUUGGCGAAAGUCUAUAGGCACGCCUGAUGAGUUCCAUACACGACCACGGACAUAAGCACAAACUUGUUCAUUUUACGACGCGGACUUCGAAAUAGAGCAACAAAUAAUUACGGCCGGUUCAUCCUCGGGGAUUGGAAAGAAGGCAUUACGAGACCUGACAUAUGACCCCAAGUCAAUACUUAUUGAUGGCCCCCGUGCCGAGAUAAGUAUAUUAUAUAUCAGUUUUUCCCAUAUUGCAUGUGCACUGAAAGGCAAAUUUAAGCUAGAAUUCUUAGACAUAAGAAUGAUUUCUUCACCGACGAAAUUGUUUGAAAUACUGUACAGGCUUCACUCAAAUUCUCCGCAGGCAAUGUCAAGUCCCCAGAAUGUAUUGAUGAUAAUUUUUCAAGACCUCAUAAGGUAUUGUACAAAAAUAUUACACGCCGCUAUUUCCCAUAUUCUAUUUCGCUAUUUCACAUACUCUUGAACUUCGGAGGGGGUCGUAUACAUCCCCCGAAGAUUACGUCAUCUAUUUUUGCCGUUUUUUGCGGGUUUGCAGGUUAUUAGAGACUGCAAUGCAAUCUGGGAUAGAUUUGCAUUCUUUUCAUACCACGCUCGCAACAAACGGUUCGAAAUUGUCUGAAAUAUACAGCUUUUUUGUUGGCAAAAGUCUUGUUUUCGUGAAAUGCAAUAUGGCUAACAAAGUGUACAACAGGGAAGACGUUCUAGACUUAGUUUCAGCCGAUUCUGGCGAUGAAAAAAGCGAUAGCGACGACGAAUUUGUUGCCGAUUUUGAGCAUGACUUUGGCGAAGACAUUACACUUCCACAAAUGAGAACAAAUGCCCCAGCACACGAACGAGAACCACUGCUUUCUCUCGAUGAAGAAUUGAACGAAUUCAAUGUCCGAGGAAUAUCGGUGGAUACCAAGAAAACGAUGGCACAUCAUCAAAAGGCCCCAGCGACAUCAGUCCACUGCGGCUAUGAACCGAAGAAGGCGGCAGUCAUCAUCCGAUGCCAAGCGCUCAGAGAACAGGAUGCCCAAAAAAAAUCGGACAUCGAUAAUCUUCUCCAGCUAUACGAUGCUGAGUGGCACGAUAGAAUAUCAAGGCCUGCCCUUGACAACCUAGCGUUGAAGAAACACAACACACCUCAGCUUCUGCCCAUCACGGAAGAAUUCCUGUCCGUACGAAAGCACGUCACAGAACAAAUCGAACAGUUGACAAAGAAGGUGACUGAUGAUGUGACGGCAGAAAGAUGGAGGAAGCUAGCCGAAGUGUGCCUAACAAGGCUGAUUAUGUUCAACAAGCGAAGAGUACAAAAAAUGGUUGAACCACGAGCGGUAAAAAUACUUUAUUCAUCGCAAUUAUAUCUAAUAUUAGGUGGCGAGGUCACUCGAAUGAAACUAAGCACUUUUGAACAACAGCGAAACUGGAACAGAGUGCACAACAAAGAAAUCCUGGAGUCACUCUCAAGUAGUGAGCGCGGGAGCUUUGUAAACGAUUUGAUAUGGUGGUAAUUGUGGGAAAGAGAAAGAGAAAACUGCCAGUGAUCAUUACCGAUGAUGUAAAGAAGGGGAUCAUGGCACUGAACAAAACGAGAGAUGAGGGAGGAGUGAGCAAAGACAACGAGUUUGUCUUUGCUGUCAACAAUGGCAAGUCCACCAAAUCGUUGAGAGGCCACGAUGUUAUGACCCAUAUAUGUGCCCAGAUAAAUUUAAAAGAGCCUCGCCUAAUAACAUCGACUAAUUUGAGAAAAUACGUCGCGACGGUCAGUCAACUUGUGGACAUGACCGAGACAGAAAUGGGCUGGCUUGUACGACAUCUCGGUCACGACAUUCAUGUGCACAAGGAGUUUUAUCGACUACCGGAUACAACACUCGAGAUGGCCGAAGUAGGCAAUUUACUGAUGGCUGUCGACGAAGGUCGAGCGCACCAAUUCAAGGGAAAGAAUCCACGCGAUAUUCAGUUAGCAGGUAAGAAAAAUUUGCUUAUAAUUUAUUAAAAUGUCAAAGUCGCUAUA